AUGUUUUCUGAGCAGGAGGGCCAGGCAAAGCUCGCAGCUGAUGCAAUCCCUCCGCCGAGCAAAGCUUUGAAGGGACAGCUAAAAGACAUGGGGCUCGGGGUGGAGGAAAGUGUCGAGCUGUUGGAAAAGCAGAGAGAGAUGAAGGCCAAGGGCCGCAUGGAAAAGGCCGCGAAACAGGCGGCCAAGGGUCGAGGAAAAGCAAAGAGCAAGGCAGCAAAGCAGAAUGCAAAGGCGACAGCUGCAGCAGAAGGACCAACGGAGAACAAAGAGGCGGCAGGAAAGGAUGAUGAUGAGGAGCCGCCAGCGAAAAAAAGGUGCUAUACGAUUCGGGAUCCGAUGUAUCAGGGCUGCAGCAGCAUCACUUUGAUGGCAAACCAAUACGGAUUCUAUGUUCCUGCGGUGUCCAUGGAUCACGUGGUGCGAGAGUUCGCAAAUACCUACGGCAUUUCAGUGAACAAGUCCGGAGGCUCCAACGUGAGCUUUCGAAAGUAUGGGCCCGUCUCUGCAUGGAAGCUAUCGCUGCUGUUUGCCGGCUGGGUGCAGCCACCACGACCGGCACCGAACAUGAAGGAUGAGGCUGCUGUGAAAGAGGCAGUCAAACGCCUUGAAAUGCCGCGACAGUGA